GGCAGAUUCGGGCUCUUCCUCAGAAGCUCUUCCCUUUUUCCUUGCUCGCAGUGUUUGUUUCCAUCUCCCUCCGUUUGUGUGAAUCCAGAUCUGUAGCUCCGUGCACAAGAAAUAUCACUGAUCGGUCGAUUGCUCGAUCGAUCAAUCAAUCUAAUCUGAUUUCGGCGUUAGGGUUUUCAUCGCCGUUCUAGGGAAGAAAAUGGCGAACCAAUCGUUGAUCUACAGUUUCGUCGCCCGCGGAACGGUGAUCCUCGCCGAAUACACGGAGUUCAAAGGCAAUUUCACAUCCAUCGCUGCUCAGUGUCUUAGUAAGCUUCCGUCAUCGAACAAUAAGUUCACCUACAACUGCGACGGUCACACCUUCAAUUACCUCGUCGAAAAUGGCUUCACCUAUUGUGUCGUUGCAGUUGACUCUGUUGGGAGGCAGAUUCCAAUGGCCUUCUUGGAACGAGUUAAGGAGGAUUUUAACAAGAGAUAUGGAGGAGGGAAGGCUGCAACUGCUCAAGCAAACAGCUUGAAUAAAGAGUUUGGCUCUAAACUGAAAGAGCAUAUGCAAUAUUGCAUGGAUCAUCCUGAAGAGAUUAGCAAGCUUGGUAAGGUGAAGGCUCAAGUUUCUGAAGUUAAGGGUGUAAUGAUGGAAAACAUUGAGAAGGUUCUUGAUCGUGGCGAGAAAAUCGAGCUUUUAGUGGACAAAACCGAAAACCUUCGUUCACAGGCGCAAGACUUCAGGACACAAGGAACAAAGAUGAGGAGAAAGAUGUGGCUUCAGAACAUGAAGAUAAAACUCAUAGUCCUUGGCAUCAUCAUCGCCUUGAUCCUCAUCAUCGUCCUGUCAGUCUGCCAUGGCUUCAAGUGUACUUAAUCCCGAUCUUCUCAUGUUUCAGCUAGAAUGCAUGUCUUGAAUUGGUUUUGUAUAGGUCAUAUAUAUAUAUAUACACAUAUGUGUGUGUGUGUAUACAUUACAUGAAUAUAUGUAUGUACAACACUUGCUAUAUUGCCAGAACCCAACUAUUGGUUGAGAACUUUUGAGUGCUUUCAAA